UCCUUUCCAAAGUCUUCUUCAAAAACACCCUUUAAAGAGUAUAGAAGGAAUAUUUCCUCCAUUAAUGGAAUUUUGUGGAGCUUCUUCUCUCCAUCUUGCCAUGUAGAUUAAUUCAUACCCUUUUCAUCACAAUUCUUGUUCUUCUUCAACAUGUCUUCUCCACACCCCAUCAACUCCGCCAUAGCCAAGUUUAAGAGCAAGCUUUGUUCACUAGACAUUGGAAAUGUCUGCAAAGUUUUGGCAUUUUCAGGGUUGGCAUUGUUCAUGCUCUAUGUUUUCGUGUUUUCAUCUCCUAACUACCAACCCUCCGAUCUUCUUACAAGCCUCAAACAAAAAUGGCCGAUCAAAACCCCAGCACCGCCGACCACUGCCGAUCCUCCGACCAACAUCUCCCACAUCGUGUUCAGCAUCGUCGGCUCGAUGAACACAUGGAAGUUCAAAAGACAUUACAGUGAAUCAUGGUGGCGACCCAACGUAACCCGCGGCCAUGUCUUCUUCGAACGGCCGCCCUCCACCGAGUUCCUACCAUGGUCGGACUCGUCCCCUCCAUUUCGAGUCAACGAAGACAUCACGGGCUUUGCAGUAUAUCCUAAGAUCAAAUGGCCGGAUCAGGUGAGAAUAUUUCGAAGGGUGAUGGAGUCGUUUCGAGAAGGCGAUAAAGAUGUGAGGUGGUUUGUAAUGGCGGACGACGAUACCGUUUUAUUUGUGGAUAACUUGGUGAAGACUUUGGCAAAGUAUGAUCAUAGAAAGCAUUGGUACAUAGGGAUGAACUCAGAGUGUGUGAAGUCUAACUUUGAUUUCUCCUUUGAUAUGGCUUUUGGAGGAGCUGGUUAUGCUUUGAGCUACCCUCUUGCAGCAAUGGUGGCAAAAAGGUUGGAUGGUUGCAUUGAGAGAUAUCCUUACUUGAGGGUUAGUGAUCAAAUGUUGUUCCAAUGUUUGUCUGAUUUGGGAUUCUCUAUUACCCACGAGAAGGGCUUUCAUCAGAUCGACCUCCGAGGAGAUGCAUCAGGGUACCUGUCAUACCAUCCCCAAACACCUCUCCUCUCCCUCCACCACAUCGACCUUAUCAACCCCAUCUUCCCCAACAUGGACCGCCCUGCUGCCAUCAACCACCUGAUGGCGGCGGGGGCGGUCGACCAGUCCCGACUGCUGCAGCAGACCAUCUGUUACCACCGCCCCUUGAACUGGACCUUCUCUAUGUCGUGGGGCUACUCCGCCCACAUCUACGAGGCCAUCAUGUCCAGGAACUAUCUGAAGAGGCCAUUGGAGACGUUCGCGCCGUUUGAGCGAGCCAGGGCUCCUAUUUUCAUGUUCAAUACCAGAUGGGGGGUCCUUAGCAACCCUUGCGAGGCUCCCCAUGCGCUGUUCUUUGAGUCCAUUGAGAGAGAUGGGGAGGAGAGGGUGGUCACUACUUAUGUCAGGAAGUGGGCUCGUAAUCUUCCCUCUUGUGCUGCUUCUGGGAACCAUUCUGCUGAGCCCAUCUCCAAGAUUAGGGUCUUUUCCUCUGCUGAGCUCCCUUUGGAGGCAGGAGGAGCAGAGUGUUGUGAUGUACAAAUGGUGGACAUGAAUGUUACAGAAGUGUAUUACAGGCCUUGCUAUGGUGGGGAAGUCAUGGCUUGAGCUAAAUCCUCUCUCUCUUCCAAUUGGUUAGCUAUAUAUGAAAUUUACCAAGCUUGGCUUGGGAGGAUUACAUUGAUGAAAUUAAGCUGAGUAAUAAAUUAAUAAUAGUAGAGAAAUCAACCC